GUUCGAUUUGUCUGGCAUACCGCCGGCACCGCGUGGCGUGCCCCAGAUCGAGGUCACCUUCGACAUGGACGCCAAUGGUAUCCUGAACGUGACGGCCAAGGAGAUGAGCACCGGCAAGGCCAAGAACAUUACCAUCAAGAACGACAAGGGCCGCCUGUCGCAGGCAGAGAUCGACCGCAUGGUGAACGAGGCCGAGCGCUACGCGGACGAGGAUGAGAAGCACCGGGAGCGCAUCACGGCUCGCAACAGCCUCGAGAGCUACGUCUUCGGCGUCAAGCAGGCCGUGGAGCAGGCCAGUCCCGACAAGCUGAGCGACAGCGACAAGUCCUCCGUGCUGGAGAAGUGCAGCGAGACCGUCAAGUGGCUCGACGCCAACACCACAGCCGACAAGGAGGAGUUCGAGUACAAACUGAAGGAGCUCACUCAGCACUGCUCCCCCAUUAUGACCAAGCUGCACCAGCAGGGACAGCCGCAGGGCAACGCCAACUGUGGCCAGCAGGCGGGCGGCUUCGGUGGUGCCGGUGGCUACCAAGGACCCACCGUGGAGGAAGUCGACUAAAUGCAUUCCCCCAUACUUCUAGUAUUUAGUUUUAACUUUAUGUUCCUCGGACUGAUUAAGAUUUUUGGUUGAGAUAUAGCCAUUAAUUUUAUGCCAAACACUCACUAGUUAAGAGAGCUAAUUGUUAAACUAUUCCUAAGUUAGCAACAAAUUAUAGAAUAAACCAUUAAUUUAUUAUUUUAAAAAGAAACUCAA